AUGACAUGUCAAAAAGGAAAAACUAGAGGAAAUUUUGUCAAUUUGUCAAAAGAUAAGAAAAUUGUUUCUACUUCCAAUAUCAACAAAAAUGGAAGUGUUAAUACAGAAAACACUAAGAGAUUUUAUGGUCCAGAAAAGAACAGAAGAAACUUUAUAUAUAAACAUGAACCCAAUCAGAGACAAGCUAGUGGAGAUUUUCCCACUAUAUAG